AUGGAAAUAGUGAAGAAAAAGACAACAGCAAUAGAGAUCUUAAUUCCCAACAGUAAUCCAUCAAAACUGUCCUACACUAAUUUAACAUCAAAACCACUUUCAUGUUCAAUAUGUCAUCGAGGCUUUUGUCAAUCACGUUCAUUAGAAAAUCAUAAACGUUCAAACCAUCCAAUUAAAAAAGAUGAAACCGGUACAAAAUUCAAUGAUAAUCAUUCGACUAGAUUGAUUUAUACAACAGCUAAUAUUAUUCCUAUAAAUGACAUGAAUACUACUACUACUACUACUACUACUACUACUACUACUACUACUACUACUACUACUACUCCUAAUAAUAAUAAUAAUAAUAAUAAUAAUAAUAAUAAUAAUAAUAAUAGUAGUAGUAGUAGUAGUAGUAGUAGUAGUAGUAGUAGUAGUAGUAGUAUUCAUGUCAUUUAUAGGAAUAAUAUUAGCUGUUGUAUAAAUCAAUCUAGUCGAAUGAUUAUCAUUGAAUUUUGUACCGGUUUCAUCUUUUUUAAUUGGAUGGUUUGA